AUGGGUUCUCCUGCAGUGUUUGUGCAGCUCUCAGUCCUCCUACUGAGCUGCUUCGCUGUCUUCGGUGACGUAAUUACCACUUUACCCGCCAUUCCUCCACACCACAGCAUUCACUAUUCUCACCCAGUAGCUUCCCCAACCCACCCACCGGCACACCCGCCUACUCACGGCCACCACCACCACCGCCCACGCCCACACGCUCCCACUGCCUCCCCGGUUCACCCACCAGCUCACUCUCCGGUUCACCCACCAGCCCACUCUCCGGUUCACCCACCAGCCCACUCUCCGGUUCACCCACCAAACCCCCACCACCACCACCACGGCCACCCACCGGCCCACGCUCCCACCCACGUUCCGGUUCAGCCUCCGAGCCACCCGCCAACCCACCAUGCACCACCGCCUCACCCUCCGGCUCACAGCCCGGUCCACCCACCGGUUCACCCACCUAUGUACCCACCUAAGAAACCUUUCCCAAGGAGCUUUGUAGCGGUUCAAGGCGUCGUUUACUGCAAGUCUUGCAACUACUCCGGCGUCGACACCCUUAACGGCGCCAAGCCAGUUCUUGGUGCUACAGUAAAGCUCCAGUGUAACAACACAAAGUACCCAUUGGUUGUGAAAAAAACCACGGAUAAGAAUGGCUACUUUUUUAUCACGGCACCAAAGACCGUCACCACCUUUGGAGCUCACAAGUGCAAGGUGUCGCUCGUCUCAGCACCCUCCACCGCCUGCUCCAAGCCGUCCGAUCUGCAUGGUGGACUGAGCGGUGCACUCCUGAGGCCUGUGAAGCCAUUUGUCUCCCAGAAGCUCCCAUUCCUUCUCUACAAUGUUGGUCCAUUUGCCUUCGAGCCAAAAUGUCCUCGUUAAUUUAAUUAAAAGUUCAGUAAAGCUUGUCUUAAUUAAUGGUGCUUUGUACUUAAAUAGUAAUCCUAGAUUAAUGUGCUAUUGUUAGGGUUUCCGGUUUCCCCCUGCAUGGUUUGAAUGAAUGCCUGUUUGGAAAUAAGGCUUUGUUAUAUGGGUUACAAUAAUGAAUGGUAAUUGAUCUGGAUUUUGGUUU